AUGCUCCAAACCACACCCGCUGUCUGUUUCCCCGACUACGAAGAACGUCUUGAAAGAGCUCGCACUGAUACUCAAGAACGCACCGAGCAGCAUCGACGCAAGCCGAACGGAAGGUCUCGUAGAUGUUCGUUAGCCCACGACCUCACUCGACUUGAGGCAUUGGCGACGUGGAAGGAUAAAUGCAUUGCACUCUAUCUGUUCCCAUACCUCAGCAGCUAUCUAGCUGAUGGAGUAUCGAAGACUAUAGUCGGUGCAACAAAGCUCGACUGUGUGCCAUUACCGCCAAGGUCAUUGCAGUGUACGAUGCCAUUCACCAACUCUCAUCCGCCUCGGGAUGGCGCUAUCUGGAAACGAGUCCUGUGGACGUUGCCAUGGAUUGGGAUUUACGCUGCUGAAGUUAAUGGAGAGGUCCUUAGUUUGACCAAGCCCCUCUACCAUAACCUCUUCCUCGACAAGUUGUCCAGGCCUCUCAUUACCUGCUUUUUGCCCUCGAUUACUGGGUCUGAUCCGAAUUCGCGGGUCCAAAUGCUCUCAUUCAUGACAGACCUGGGGUCAGUUUAUGGAAUCUGGCUAUUGGAGAGCUAUCGCAACGCUCACUCCUGGACCAGCGUCCUUCUCCCCUUGACAGCAGGUACGGCAUUCCAACUGAAGGGGAUAUGGAUGAUUGCUCCAUUCUAUUACACCCUGGAGUACUUGAUCACGCCUCUAUCCACUCUGCUUUCAGGCAGCAGCAGCAAGGAGAUCGAUGCUGUCACCACCGAAUCCCUGGUCCUGUCGACCCUGGCUGGAUAUUACUCGACCAUCUUUGCCAAUUUCUUUGCACCAAGUCUUCGAUCACGUCAAUGUGACGGAAUCGCAAGCUUUUUGCAGUACGAUGACCUACUCUCCAUGGCCAGGGCGUAUGUUUGGCUUGGACUACGUUUCCGUGAGCUAAAGCAAGCAGGGGCCCGGUUUUCCUGGACUCGAGCCGCCGGGGCUUUUGUUGCGUCUGUAUUGGCUCUAGGACCUGGGGCAACGUUUGCUCUGGUAUGGGAGUGGCGCGAAGAGCUCUUGCACCAGGUGGCUGAGGAGCUCUGA